AGAAAGGAAGAAAGGAAGAAAGAAAGAUAGAAGAGGGAGGGAGAAGUUUAUUCGAAGAAAAGUUUUAACACGUGGUAAAAGGAAAGAGAAGAAGAAGAAGAAGAAGCAGGAGGAAGAAGAAGAAGAAGGAAAACGAAGGAAAAGAUUUUCCAUUGGUUUCAUCUAUGAACGAUUCGUAAUAAAGAAGAAAAUAAAAUAGUGUUGUUGUACAAAAUAAGGGAGGAACGGAAUUCGAAUAGCCGCCGUGUCUCAGUUGGGUAACAAUCAGAGGGGCGCCUUGCGUGUAUCCGAUCCUCUCCUCCUUUUACAGUGAAGAGGGAGUUGUCAUUCAUACGCGAAGGGGGGGGAGGGGAGAAACGAAAGAGAAAGAGGAAAGAUUUUUUAACAGUUGGGGCUCGUGUGGCAUCGUGCAGAAAGAACACGCGGGAGAGGAGUAAUACCCAAGUUCAUUUUCUUUUCGUGUUAAUUUCUAUUAAAAAGGAUAAAAAAAGGUACUCGUGCUUUGUGUAUUCUGUUUUGGAUUUAAUAGAAAAAAAAAUAAGUGGUGUUUGUGUCACGAUUGACACGCGAAAGAAAAGAAAAGAGAGAUAGAGAGAUAGAGAGGGGGAGAGAGAGAGGGGGGAAAUAGUGAGAAGAAAAGUGCGGCAAGUUCUUUUUUUUUCCCCCUCCCAAAGAGAAUAGAACAAGAACAACAUAUAAGGUUUCUCUGCAAAUUCCGAAAUGGCUCCUCGACACCUGUGGCUAGAAACAACUCUCAUCUUUAUCCUCGUAGCAGGUGCGAGGUGCCUGCGGAACGUCAGCUUGGAAGUGGUUCCGGAGGCGGUGCAACGUGGUCAGGAGGUGAUUCUACGUUGCCAUUAUGAUCUCGAGAGGGCGCCCCUUUACUCUGUCAAGUGGUACCGCGGUAGGUACGAGUUCUACCGAUAUUCACCGAACGAAGAACAGACCAACAAGAUCUUUAAUAUCACUGGGAUACACGUUGAUGCUGGUAAGUCCAACAACAACGAGGUAACGCUGCACAACGUCGACUUCGCCCUCUCGGGUACGUUCAGCUGCGAAGUUACAGCAGACGCGCCGACCUUCUUCACAGCCUCCGCCUCGAAGAAUCUUACCGUAGUGUCUUUACCCGAAGGCAAACCCUUGAUCGUAUCUGAUCGCGAACGUUACGAUCCUGGAGAUAUUCUACGAGCAAAUUGUAGUUUACCGGCAUCGAGGCCAAGCGCUCAUCUGUCAUUCACACUCAAUAACAUACCGGUGGCAGCGAUCUCGAAGAAUCAGGAGGAACACGAACAGCAGAAACGAGAGCAUCGUAGAGAGGGCACUGGAGUUUCCAGCGAACAGCAGCAGCAGCAGCAGCAGCAUCAGCAACAACAGUGGAUCGCCCUCAGUCUACCACUUCAACUAUUUUACUAUACAAAUGGCCAGUUGAAUCUACGUUGUACCGCACAAAUCCCUGGAAUAUAUUCGUCCGCGAACGAGAUACAAUUGGGCACUGGGUUACGUGAACCUGUACCCGAAAGAGUAACCUCUGAGAACGGAUGCAAUUCGCACAGUGCUGUCUGCCUGACGAUCCUUCUCCUUCUGUGUAUGGUUCAACUGCUCCUAAGAUAGUCGCGGCACGCCUGAGAUCAUGAAAAGGGGAGGAGUAGUUCAGGAGCGUCGCAGGACGAACGGCACACUAGUCACGAAGCAAACAGGAAGGAAGAGAACUCGGAGGAGCCGAUUCUUCUUUGAAAGAAAUAAAGAAAAGGAGAAAGGAAAUAACGAGACAAAUAAUAUUGUCCGAUCGCUAUGAAUAUAUUUAUCUCUUUUUAAUGUAUUAACGCGUGAAGUACGGCAUUAUCGUUCAUUUAUUUUUUCUCCAAUUUUUAUCUCUUGUCCUCCACCCACAUUUCUUUCUCUCUCUCUUUCUCUUUCUCACUCUUUCUUUGUAUUCUCUCUCUCUCUCUCUCUCUCUUUUUUUUCCUGAAAAAUAUCAAUUGUUUUUGAAGAAUAUCAAUUUUUAUUAUUGCUUUUACAUUACCAAAAAUUCCACCCUUUCCCCCCCUCCCUUGUAUUUUAUUUCAUUAGAUUUCUUUUUUCCCUUCCCUCUCACUCAGAAUUCGAUAGAAUCAAAAUACGAUGCUUCCAAAAAAGGAAAAGAAGACGAAAAUAAAAAAUAAAGGAAUGGAAGAAAAGAAUCAAAAAAAAAAAAAAAAGAAAAAAAAAGAAAAAAAAAGAAAAAAAAAGAUAAAAGGCACAAAAAAGAGAAAAAAAAAAAAGAAACAAGGAACUAUAGGUUAUUUAUUUUUCGUUUUCAUGAAAGCAAUAUCCACGAAAGAAUGAAUUUAUAUGGUAGUAGUUGUAGCAAACAACACGAUGUGGCAAAUGGACGAGGAUAUUCGUUUCGUUUAUUUAUAUUGAAGUUUACUCAGGAGCAAAAAUAUUAUUUUUUUUUAUCUCUCUCUCUCUCUCUCUCUCUCCCUUCCCUUUCUCUCUCUCUCUCUCUCUCUCUCUCUCUCUUUAUUUUCUUUUUGGAACAAUUGCGAGCAAGGACAGCUGUACUUCUAGCGUUAAAAGUUUCAAAACGAAAACUCGAGGAACGGUCUAAGUAUCGCCAAGCCAAGGCGUUUAGGAUUGUAUAUUUGCCGUUUUGUAUGUUCCCUAUUUGUAAGCAUUACGAUUGUUAUACUAUACAUACGUAUAAAUGCGGCAUACGGCGACAACGGUGAAAUGAAAAGACAACGACGACAACGACGACGAAAAUGACGAAAACGACGACGAUGAAAACGACGACGACGACGAUGAAAACGACGACGACGACGACGACGACGACGACGACGACGACGACGAUGAUGACGAAAACGACGACAACGACACCGAGAUCGCGUAGAUGUGUGAAGAAAUAAUUUUCACGUUCGCGUGCUCUAGACGAGUCUGGGUUAAAGGGGCAUUGCCCUUUACCCUUAUGUAUUCGUUAUUAUAAUAAUUAUAACGUUUCGUGUCAGUGAAUUGCGUCGACUUUCAACGCGAAGAAAUAUAUCGAACAAGAAAAUGUAAUACGAUCAAAUAAGAUCACCGAUCGAUCUUUAUACUCGUUAGAUUUCAUUGAAUGACAAAAAAAAAAAAAAAAGG